CUGGCCACAGAAUUUUAUUUGCUUGCCCAGUUUUGGGCAUCAGUCUAGAGAGUGGCACCAAAGCAGGUGAAGAACCUGGAGCGCAAUUUCCAUGAGGAGCAGCUGAGGGAGCUGGGAUUGUUCAGCCCAGAGAAGGCUGAAAGGGUGAAAGGAGGUUGUAUCCAGCUGGGGGGUCAGCUUCUUCUCCCAGACAAACAGGAUGAGAUGCUAUAAGCGUUAAGCUGCAUGAAGGGAGAUUCAGGUUGGACAUUAGGAGGAAUUUCUUCACAGAAAGGGUGAUCAGACAGUAGAACGGACUGGCCAGGGAGGUGGUGAGCCACUAUCCCUAGACAUGUUUAAGGAGACUGGAUGCAGCAUUCAGUGUCACGGUCUAGCUGACAGACAGGUUGUUCGGUCAUAGUUAUCUCAUUUCGGUCAUAUUAUCUCAUCCUAAAUUGAUUCUGUGACUACCACUUCGCGGCUGAAAAGCAACCAAUAAUCCAGCAAAGGCUUUUAAAGAACUGAAGGAUUUUUAGGCCUUUCAAGUAAAAAAACAAAACAAAACAAAACAAAAAAAAAACCAAAAAAACAAAAACACCACCAACAACAAAAACCAACCAACCCACAAACAGCAAACACACUCUGAGAGCCCAGCGGAGGCCCCGGCUCCUAGGGAACGGGCGUGAGGGCGCCGCGCCUCUCCCCGCAGGAGACCGGGGCCCGGCCGCGCGCCCCGCGCAUGCGCCCCGGCUGGCGCACGCGCCGGCGCCGCCCCGGCCCGGCCCGGCCCGCGCGGCUCCCGCAGGGGCGGCCCCGCGCGCGCCGCCGGCAGCGGCCCUGCCUCCCGCGGUGAUACGGACAAACAGGAGGUUCCCCUGCACAGUAACUUAAGGGUAUAAAAAGCAGUAGUGAGGGAGAAAAAAAAAUCACUGUCAGUUGCGGCCAAAAUCCUUCUGUUGGGAUUCUGAACUAUGACAUCAUGGCAAGAUUUCGCAGAAGAACAUGCAUCAUUUUGUUGCUUUUUAUUUUGUUUAUUUGCUCCAUCAUGAUGGCUUUGAAGACUCUGAGACCUGACAGAGCUGGCUUUGGGGAUCCAUUUGGACUUGGUUUGUUGCCAGAGCUUCAACAACGGACAGUGCUCCUAGACAGUAAACAGAAUUUGCUAAAUAGGGCUCAAGGAGAUACUGUAACACGUGUCAGUAAUUUGCAUAGUGUUGCUGUCAAUACUAUGAAAACAUCUAUGUCUCCAGUAAAAAAGCUGGAAGAGGAGCUGUCUUCUCCUAAUUACAACUUUCACAUAUUCUACUAUACUUGGUAUGGGAAUCCGCAGUUUGAUGGUAAAUAUAUUCACUGGAAUCAUCCCUUGUUGCCACACUGGGAUCCCAAAAUUGCAAACAAUUAUCCAAAGGGAAGGCAUAAUCCUCCUGAGGACAUUGGGGCCAACUUUUAUCCAGAGCUUGGAUCUUACAGUUCCAAAGACCCUACUGUCAUAGAAGCCCACAUGAAACAAAUGCGUUCAGCUUCAACUGGUGUAAUAGUGCUUUCAUGGUACCCACCAGGUAUGGCUGAUGAAAAUGGAGAACCAACUGAUGAUUUAGUGCCAGUUGUUUUGGACUAUGCACACAAAUAUAACCUAAAGGUCACUUUUCAUAUUGAACCUUACAAAGACAGAGAUGACCGCAGCAUGUACCACAACGUCAAGUACAUCAUUGACAGAUACGGAAGCCAUCCAGCCUUUUACAGGCAUAAGACCAGCACAGGCAGACUUCUUCCCAUGUUUUAUGUUUAUGACUCUUACGUAACAAUUCCUGAAAUAUGGGCAAAUCUGUUAACUGUCUCUGGAUCCCAGAGUAUUCGAAAUACUCCCUAUGAUGCAUUAUUCAUUGCACUUCUUGUAGAAGAAAGGCAUAAGCAUGACAUUCACAGAAGUGGUUUUGAUGGAAUGUACACGUACUUUGCCACCAAUGGCUUCUCCUAUGGCUCAUCUCAUCAUAACUGGGCAAGUUUAAAAGCCUUUUGUGAUAGUAACAACUUAAUGUUUAUUCCAAGUGUGGGGCCAGGUUAUAUUGAUACCAGCAUCCGACCGUGGAACAACCACAACACCCGGAACCGUGUCAAUGGGAAGUAUUAUGAGACUGCCUUCAGCGCAGCCCUUCUGGUGCGGCCAGAAAUUAUUUCCAUUACAUCUUUUAAUGAAUGGCACGAGGGAACUCAGAUUGAAAAAGCUGUCCCUAAACGAACUGGUCAGGUGGUUUACCUUGAUUAUAAACCCCAUAAACCAAAUGUUUACCUAGAGCUUACUCAGAAGUGGUCUGAGAAGUACAGAAAAGAACAAGAGCAGUGGCUUAUGUGAGCUGUCCCAGCUGCAGCUGUUUCCAAAUGCAUUGACUGUAUUGAGAAAGAAAUGGAGAGCUGAAGAAUCUGUUACUAAAUGUCUUUAUUUUAUCUUUUGAAUGUAUAUGCACUACUACUGAAUUUUAAUUUUGAAAAGUAAAAAGAUUAUGAGAAUAUUGGCAGUUCGGCCUUACUGGAUAUUUUAGUUCAAAAAUAUUCAGGGGAAGCUGUUUGUUGUUCAGUUGUUUUUGUUUCUUUUUUAGCUUUGUAACUUGCAUGCUGAGUUUUCAGAACAUCUGCAUGGGAUAACGCUACAUGACCAAAGUAUAACAAAAAGCUGACAGUUUCUUCCUUCCUCUAUUCCUGUAGUUGUGUUUCUAUACAAACUGAUGCUUAAUCUAAGUCCUCGUAGCUUCCUGCAGGGUGCAUGUCUGUAGUGUUUGGAAUAAUCUACAUUUACGCUUUUUGAUGCUUUGCAUACGAAGUUCUUGACAUAUGACUGGCUUGUGGUAAAAGCACUGAAGAGUUAUGGGUGAUGCAAAUACCACUGAGUUUUGUUUAAAAACAAAUUGAAAGAAAGUUCCAAAGAACUGCUCAAAGAUUUCUAGUUUACUUACAUUUUUUCUGUUUGGUACAUGGUGUAGAAUUUUGCACGUUACUGGAUACUGACCAGGAACAUUUUUUUUUUCUAUUGCUUUGAAUUUUAAAAAAAAGUUGGAUUAGAGUGGGAAAUAUUUUUUGAGAGGGAAAAAACCCUAAAGAUGCAAAAAAAGGUAUUAAAACUUCAGUUUUUGCUUAUUAUAUUAUUUGCUAAUUGAUUGCAUACACAGAUCCUGUGUGCUUUUUUAAAUGGUUAAAGUUUCUAAACCCAAUAUCUUAGUCACCCUACAUAAGUUAAUUAUAGGAAGUAGGUUUUUUUGUUUCUGAUUUAGGAGCAACCUAGUUUCAUAGCAAUGAGAGCAACUAUCCGUUUAUUUGAAAUCUGAGAUUUCUCUUUUUUAUCUAGUCCAUUUAGUUAUUCCAGGAUUCAGAAUUGUAGAUACUAAAAUCUUGCUGUUAUUCGCAUAAGCACCCUACCAAUGCUACCUGUGUGGCUGGAAAUUAGUAUUUUCAGUCCUAAGAAUCUCACCUGUCAAAUGUUGUGAUUAUUAACUGGCAUUUUUAUGAGGUUUGAAGGGUUCAAUCACACAGACAUACCUCCUCAGCAAUACAUUUUUUUGGGAUUUUCACUGAAUUUCAUAACAAAGCCAUGAACUUUGGAACAGUAGAAAUUGUAGUGUUUUGUUUAUUUGCAGCAUGUGUUUAAUGCUAGCAAAGUGGAUUCUUUCUCUGUUGUUUUGUUUUUUUAAUCUACAUACAAGGUUCUGAUCCUGUGUUUUAGUUUAUAUGCUCAGAUUGUUGUAGCAGCUAGAAUUCCACUCAUUUUAGUGCAACCCAUGAAAAUUACACACUUUACUCAGGUCUCACUGUAAAUCUGUCCAUUAAGUGGUAAGGUGAAUGUGAAGACUUCUGUUAAAACAGAAACCAAAUUAGUAUAUUUUUUUCCAGAAAACUUUGUCAUUCCGAAUAAUUAUAAACCAGUUACCACUAUAAAUUUCUAGAGUCUUUCUGGUAUCAGAAAGGUUUGUUUAUAUAGCUCUUACUUAUUUUCAGUUUAGUUUUUUGUUGUGUCUUUGUGGUUCUUCAAGUGAUGAGGUGUCAUCUAAUGCCCUCAGCUGCUUGAAAAAAUACAGAAAUUGGAUGGUGGAUAUAUAACCAAAUGAAGUGUGCCUCUAGAGUUACUGGAGUCUUACUAAUCUCUCUUUACAUUUUUUUUCAUUUUCCUAUUGCAUUUCUGUGAGGCCCGAAAUGCCCCUAAAAGAAGUGUUCACUAAUGUUUCUUUUGUUUUGCUAUGCUCAGGUGGUAAACUGACAUAGAUGUAGGUAUGAUCACAGUCAAAAAAUAGUGUCAGAGACAUAAAAAGCACUUGUUAGACUUUGACCAAUUCCAAGUUAACUACUCCCUUUUUUAAGGAAUCUGAUAUGAUUUAUUUUAGCGUAACUCCCUUAAAUAGCUAUACAUAACUCAUUUUUUAUAAUUUGUUGUAUGUUUAUGCUUUUACAGCCCAGAGUCCAUAUAUUUUUUUAAAUGUGAGGGAAAAAUUAAAUGUUUUGAAUAUGUUAUUAAAAAGAUUCUGAAAUUGUAAUGUUUUCAAACCUUAUGAAAUUACAAGUAUUAACCUUUUUGCAUCCACUGGUCUUUUCUCACUGUAGUUAUCUGAGCACUUUACUGGUCUUGACAACUUUGCACUUGCCUUUCAGCCCUUACUUUCUCCUAGUGGCAGUUUUUCUCUGUGACUCUGAAAGUCACUCCUUUGUUGCUGUGUAUAGAAACAUUUGAAAUCUAUUAUAUGGUAUUGUACAACUGAGGUGAUCUAUCUUGUUUAAAAUGCAAUUUAUGGUAACAAUGUAAUGGAUCUUCAUUACUCUGAAAGACUUCCAGAAUUGCUGUAAAGGUAUCAUUUAACCCUUGCCAUGAAGUGGUUUGGGCCAUGGCACACUGAUGUCUAAUGGGACCUUCAGAAGAAUUUACAGAAUUUCUCUAGCAAAGAAUGAAAAUCAAGUGCCUAGAAAUUCAUCACCCCUGAACACUUACUGUCUUUUUAUGUGCUUGAUGUGGUUUGAAACAUAAAUAUGCAACCUCACAUAAUAUUUCAGAGUUGAGAAUUUAGUUUGAUGAUCCUAAGGAAAACUGAUGGAAUAGAACUACUACAGCUACUGGAACCACCCCACCUGCCUGACCAAUACUUUCUCUGUACUUAAAUCAACGUGCUGCUUCUUGUUGUAGAGAGUGGAAGGUUUUGCUUAUGGACUGUUGCUGCAGUCAUGAUGCUUAUUUGAAAUUGGAGUAAUAAUAGGUCUGUGGGAAAGGAUUUGUACAAAUACAAAGGAAUAAGAUGGUUACACAUAAGGGUACAGUUACUGGGGCAAGGGAGGAGCAAAGUGAAUGUAUUUAAGAAGGUGAUUACUCCAAGCUUUAACAUUAUAGGGAAGAAAAGGGGGCUCCAGUGUGCAACCAAAUUUGAGAGGCAGGGAAGAACAUUUGAAAUGAUUUUGAGAUUUGAAAUAGAUUCAAGGAAUAUUCAGAUCCCAUUUCCCUUUGGUGUCCCACCAGUUUUACUUUUUGGCCAACUGGAAAAAAGUACUGUAAUGACUGUUUUAAAUAUUUUUACAGUGAUUAAAUGCAUUUGAUUGAUCUUGUUACAUUAUUUCAUAGUACUUAGAAUAUUAUGUGAAGUUUUAAAAGAGAUCUUGCCAUGUUAUUCCUCUGCAAAUACAGAAAUACCUGAAGUAAUCAGUCACAUACUACUGACUGAGUAUCGCCAGGGGGUGAAUGGUUUCUAGACAAGCAGCAAGUCCAUGUGGUAGAAAGAGAACAUAUUUUUAAAAGAAAAUCCAUAGGUUCAUUUCUGCUUCUGUGAGUUAUGAUCAAGUAAAUUGUUUUAGUUCUGUGAGCUGUCUCAGAACUGAAGCUUAGUGCAUCAACUCUGAAAUAAGAAUGUGUAUUAAAUCUUGUAUAGUAGUGCAUGUUUGUGAGAUCUAUAAUCUCGUACUGAAUUUUGUGGGCAAACACGUGCUGAUGCUGUUACUAUUUUAGUGGCAAGCCGUAGAUUAUUGUGAAUACAGUUUUUGCACUGAUGUUCAACGUAUUUGUCUAGUGCAUUUAUUUUGAGGUGCCAAUGAUUUGUCUCUUAAGAGGUUGUUGAAGCAGAAAGUUCUUCAGUGAAAACAUUUUUUUUAUGAAAUUUGGUGUAUAUAUGCUAUGCAUAGUUUGGGUUAACACAUUCACACAUGGUUCUUAGAUUCAAUUGAAAACGUCUCUCAGGAGUGCUUUCAGCUCUGUGUUGCCAGUAAGUAUAUCUCUGGGCACAUGGAUAAGGACUUACUAUGAUUUAGGGCACUUUUUUCUGAAUCUCAUGAACAUAAAAAGAGGAAAUAAAGAAUUUAUAAACAAAUUAUUUGCCACUGCAUAUAAGAUGAAAGUCUCUCUCCCAGUCCUACAAGUGCUUGUCUUCAUCUUUCUACUUCGUUAAGAUUGUGUCAAUGUUUUGUUUGUUUUUGUCUUUUACUUUUGACCAGCAUGUUAAAUGUUCUAUAAAUUUCUAAAGUGACUGUAUUUCUAAGAUUUCAUAGUUGAAGUAUUCAGUGAAGAGAAUCUACAAGAUCAGUGGCGCAGCAGAAAAGCCUGAUGUGAAUUUGAUAUUGUGUAGGUGAAUUUGUUGUGAAUGGAUAGUGUGUCUUUGAUAUGCAUUGAACACAAAUAAAAAAUAACUUUCUUUUAAUACCCUA